GGUGUCUUGGGGCCUGCGUGUCAGGGGUCCCCUGGUGGGGGAGCAGAAGUCGGGAGGUCCUUAACGUGCCUGCCCAGCGGGUCUCCCAAGGAGUGUCUAGAGUGAGUUCUGUCACCUGCAUGAAGGCACAGCAUCGCGAGGCUCCUGAGCACCUGCUGGGUCUAGGUAUUGGGCUGAGCAGCCAAGAAAGCAGACACCACCCCCAUCUCCCUGCACCUCACUGUCAGGUAUCGAGAACCUUCCGUGUGAACUUCAGAGGAACUUCCAGCUGAUGCGGGAGCUGGACCAGAGGACAGAAGAUAAGAAAGCCGAGAUCGACAUCCUGGCUGCGGAGUAUAUCUCCAGGGUGAAGACGCUUUCUCCAGACCAGCGGGUGGAGCACCUGCAGAAGAUCCAGAGCGCCUACAGCAAGUGCAAGGAGUACAGCGACGACAAGGUGCAGCUGGCCAUGCAGACCUACGAGAUGGUGGACAAGCACAUCCGCAGGCUGGACGCGGACCUGGCCCGCUUCGAGGCAGACCUGAAGGACAAGAUGGAGGGCAGCGACUUCGAGAGCUCCGGGGGGCGAGGGCUGAAAAAAGGUCGGGGUCAGAAAGAAAAAAGGGGGUCCCGCGGCCGAGGCAGGAGGACGUCGGAGGAGGACACUCCGAAGAAGAAGAAGCACAAAGCAGGGUCAGAGUUCACCGAGACCAUCCUGUCCGUGCACCCGUCCGACGUACUGGACAUGCCUGUGGAUCCCAACGAGCCCACGUACUGCCUGUGCCACCAGGUCUCCUACGGGGAGAUGAUCGGCUGCGACAACCCCGACUGUCCGAUCGAGUGGUUUCACUUCGCCUGCGUGGACCUCACCACGAAGCCCAAAGGAAAAUGGUUCUGUCCGCGGUGCGUCCAGGAGAAGAGGAAGAAGAAGUAAGGAGAAGCCGUGUGCCGGGUCGGGAGAGCAAGUCCAUACGUCCCCUCAUUCACGUUGCAAUAUUUCCUCCAUUUUAAAGCUACCUUGUUCGAUGGGUAUUUAAGAACUCAGUGGCCAGUCGUGACUCUGGUGUCUCCUAAGACCAGAAACCCCCAGCCCUGUUUGCACGGAGCCGUGAUCCUACGGGGACUUGCCGCAGAGACUUUAUCCCUGUGACGUUUUAUACAGACCCCACCCCAGCACCGAGCGCGCAGGCACUGAGUGAGCCCGAGGGACUCGCUGCCAGGUGCAGCCUCGGCGGGGCGGACACCUUGACCUGGUACACUGCCCCCACCGUGCAGCGAGCGCUGCACCUCGCGCAGUCUGUGAGUAGCUUCCCCGACUGUGCGCAGCGCGCCCACGCCGACGCCCGUGAGCAAGCACCUCUGCCGCGCCCGUGCGCGGGGCGGCCCCCGUCUGCUCGCUGGGCUGCGAUGCCGGUUCGGCGGCUGUGGGCCUGGGCGAGGGCCCCUCUGACGUGCCGGGAAGGGCUCUCGUGGGAGGCGGCGGCCUCAGCCUCACUGCACCAGUCCUCCCCUGGGGGCGCCUCCUGGAGGAAGCGGCUCUUGCCAGUGACCGGCGCCAGGCAGAGACGGCGUGGCAGCGGGCGGGCGCCCCGUCCCCUGGGAAUUCCCGGCGUUUUACUGUGAAGAUGAGAUUACUGUGCUGGCGUGAAGACUGUGGGGCUGUGUGUCUGUGCCGUGAGUCCAGUCCAGUGGGGGCGGAUCACGCCGGCGCACGCUGCCCGUCAGCAGCGUUUCCGGGGCUGCGCGGUGAUGCCGUCUGUGAGCUUGCCGGGCCGCAGUGGUGCUUCUGCAGCGAGACUAGAGUGUGCUUUCUGUUUCGUCAGCAUUCACCAACGAUUUCGAGCCAUCUUUUUGGUAGCAGGUGGGCAGGACGCACACAUCGGUCUGAGACCACUUGUGCGAGAGCAUCCUGGACCCUCAGAAACCCCCGGCGUGCGUGUGGAGGAGGCAGGGACCCUCGGGGCACAGGGAGCCUGCCCUGUCCUCACACCAGAAGAAGCUCCGAGAGAGCUGAGGUGUGAAAUCCCUGGUUUAGGAAAAGUCUCGUCUUUACGGGGCGGGCCUUCUGGCUGGUUCCUUCUGACGGCCGCACGCGUCUUCCCUCCUGUGCCCCAGCGCUGGCCAGGAGAGGACAGGCAGCACUGUGACUGGGGCUACUCGCCACAGCACGUCAGAGGGGGGCACGGCCCUCAGCAGGGCUCGGGCCACUCGGCUGCCUCAGUACGGGCUUGGGCUUGCUCUGGGCCUCUUCAGGGGGCACGUGCAGGCCGUUUCCAGGUGGCAGAUGUGGGCAGGUGCGGACAGGUGUGGGCAGGUGCCGGCAGGUGCAGGUGGAUGCUUGGCAGCUGCUGCACUCCUCUCCGUCGGGUCCCAGGCCUGACAGAGCUUCCGGAGCCGGCGCCUUCCAGCCACUCAGGAGGGGGGAGGCGGCCAGCCCAGAGCACCGGCCACACCUCAGUCUCAGCCGCGAAACCAGCGCGUGGUUUCUUUCUUGUUUAAUAACAGCUUUUUAUGAACACGGGUGUUUGAAGACUAUAGAGAGCAAACUGUGGGAAAGUUUUUUCUCCACUCUUUUGCCAUUCGUCGUGGAGAGGGACAGGUAAGUACGGAGAGCUCGGCACACGACAGUGCCUGGAGACCCCCUACGAACCAACUUAACGUCGACGCUUCGCCUCUGGACGGCUCGCACACAGGCCGGGCGCCAGGGAGACGCGAGCCUGUUGAUGUGGUUUCUGGCGCUGAUCAGGCUUCCACUGUCUCAGGCCCCAGGGGAGGGGCGCCGGCCUCCCUCGGGGCUCGCUCGACCUGCUGGUCCCCGUGCGGCGCCCCUGUUGUUUCUGGCCUCGUUUUAAGGUUUCUGUGCUUGCCUGUUUUUAGUGUUUAUUUUCGCCAUUUAGAAUAACGUCACCAAAAUAACGUGCACAUAGCUGUGGAAUAAACAUGGAAACGUGAGCAGAAUAGAAUUCCUGGGAAUGUUGCCUGGAUGCCGACGGCAUGCCUGUCUCGACUGUUGGCACUGGCUGCGAGGGGAGGACACUCGGGAAUGGCCGUUUGGGCAGGAAGGAAGGUCCUGCGGCCUGGCCCGCUCCGCUCCGCACAGGGACGGCGGGAGUGGUGCUGCUUGCACCGUCUACGUGCUGCCCCCGUGGUUCUGGGGUUCAGUUGUGGACCAGAGCUCCCCACACCUGCCUGGCUGCAGACCUGGCUGUGGAGGUGGCCGUGCAGCCAGCCCCGUCCGUCUCGGGCUGAGGGGUCGGGGCGGGACCCUGCAGGUCGCUCUGGCUGCUUUAUCUGAGCCGAGGACGUGGCUCCUCCGGGGCCUGGGUUCACCUGUCAGGGAAGGGGCGUUUUGCGCAGCGGGGAAGCAGAGUCCCUCUCCUUGUCCUCGUGCCGUGUCAGCAGUAGCAAGGUGAGGAGGUCCCUAGUUUCCCUCUAGGACAAGGCAUGCUGUGUUCUACAAAGGUUUGUUAAACCGAGUCCCUCGGAUCUGUGGACGUGCUGGUGCCGCUGCCUGGGACGGGCGCCGAGCUGAGGUCCGCGUGACGCUGAGCAGCAGCUGGCCGUCUGCCUCUGUGGUCAGGCCCCUGGGCAGGUAGACCUGAGACCGGUGUGGCCAGGGCGGUGGGGGCCGGGCGUCUUCCAGCAGGCCUGGGGCAGCCGGAAGCAGCUGUGUGGCCAGUGAUGGCGGGAGGGCUUCUUGGGAUGGAGGGGACAGCGGCCAGCCCUGCCUCUCCCCGCCCAGCAGCCGUGCUGCACUCCGCCUCCCGACCUGUCUGGGGAGCCCGGGCAGGGGCUCCCCGAGCAGUGACUGGCCCAGCGCACUUUCCUACAGCCACAGAGCCAGGAGGCUGCCCUGUCGUGGGACUGGGAGGUCCGGUCUCCACGGGCUACAGCGACACCACAAGGAACGUUUAUCUUGGGCAUUGAAGAUUUAAGGUUUUCCUAGACUUUUAGUGGACAGUGACUGGUCUUCAUUAUCUGUGUUGAGAGGAAUUUUAAAGCAGGGGAAAUGUAAGAAAAGUGUUCCCAUUCAGGAGAGAGUUUUAUGAAGUUUCUUUCUUCCUAUGUGUGUAUUUUGUGGUGUUCACCCUUAACCACAUUUCAUCCAAAAAGAUGAGCAGCUUUAACAUGAAUGUCACGUUUUAUUUUCAAGGAAUUAUCUAUGUUCCCUUUGUAAAGGAAAGAUAAUAUUGUAAAUCUUUUUAUUAAAUAAUGUAAAGAUGUAUAUCUGUAUUUUUGGAUCAUGUUAUAGAUUAUGGAUAUAUUGUUUAAUAAAUAAAGUAUUUUUUGGAACAAAC